AUGUACGAUAUAUGUGAGUUCAAUGACCAUUUCAAUCAAAUAAGAGGUUUGGUACUAAAGGCCGCUGAAGCUCUUGAACGUAUUGGAUUUCAUACAUGGAGUAGGGCAUUUUUCCCGGGAAAUAGAUAUAACAUUAUGACGUCAAACAUCGCGGAAUCGGUGAAUGUUAUGUUUGAUGUUGAAAGAGAAUUUCCCAUUGUCGCUCUAUUUGAUGAAAUAAACAGGAUAUAUGCGUCGUUAUUUCACCAGAGGCGUAUGGAGCUUGUGCACUCCGCAAAUAGAUUUGUUCCUUUAAUUGAAAAAGACAUAUCAGAGUAUGUCAACGCGGACAACAAGUUGUUGGCUCAUCAAAUCGCUAACUACAAGUUCAGUGUCACUGGUCAUGGAGAUGUUGCUACUGUGGAUCUACAAAGAAGAACUUGUACUUGUAGAAUUUUUUAUUUGGACAAAAUACCAUGUCCACAUGCAAUGGCAGCGAUUCAAUCCCAAAAUGGUGAUGAUUUUGGAAAUGAGAUUUACUUGUACUCCUCUCCAUAUUAUUCAGUGAAAAAAUACAUAAUGGCAUAUUUUCAGGAAAUUCACCCGGUGCCAACUGAAGAUUCUUGGAUUGUCCCUGUGGAUAUCACACAAAGAGAAAUACCUCAUCCAUAUGUUGAUCCAAGUAAACCCGGGAGAAGGACAUAUAAGAGACGGCGUGGAGUUGGUGAAUCGUUUCCAACAAGAAAAAAUAAGUAUUCAGUAUGUAGGAACUUUGGCCACAAAAAAACUACAUGCCCAAAUCGAAAUGCGUCAUAA